AGCACUGCACAGUUGGCAAAAAUGACUUCUCGAAGAUUGUAAAAACACGCGAGAUGAAUAAAAUUUUGGCGAAAUUGUACAAAUUUUUCUGAAUAAUGUUUAAAAAGUUAAAACAAAAAAUAGAAAGUGAAUCAGAAGGAGAGCAGAGUCCUGUAUCUAAGAGUGAAAAGUUAAAUCGUCGUUCAAAUGAGAGAACCUCCUCUGUGUUGAAAAAGGACAACGUCUCUGGCAACCAGAGUGAUGUAACAUCUCCAACGGUCGAAGAUGAUCACAAUACCACAUCAUCCCAAAAUGUAAUCGCACGAGUUCAACAUCUUCUUGAGGUUGGUCGUGCACAAAAUGAUGGAAUAUCAAAGCAGAAAUCAGACAUAUCUGAAAAUUCAAGUGAAGCUACUAAAGCAACAUCAACUAUAUCAUCAAAAGAUACAACAUUAACAGCUGUGACAACAUCAGUAACAACUGUGACAGCAUCAGUAACAGCUGUGGCAACAACCCCAACAUCAACAGCUGCUUCUCCUGUAACAACAACACCACUACAACGUCAGUUUUCUGUGCCACAAAGUCCUAAAUCUGACUACAAGUCUGAUGAUUCUGAGUCUGAUAAGAAGUAUGAUGCUGCAACAAAAGAAGAACUUUUACAGCUUGCAAAAAAACAAGAAAAAGCUUUAACCCGUUAUAAAACAAAGUUUUCAGAGGUUGUUGAUGCUUAUAAAAAUUUGCAAAAAGAAAAUGAAAAGCUUCAGAAUAAUCUUACUCAAAAUCAAGACAAACAAAUCAGAAAAAUCUCAGAAUUGAAAGAGACAAUUGAACUUGAAAAAAAGGCAAAAAUGCAUAUUGCUGAUUCAUUUCGUGUUACUAUUGAAGAAAAGGAUGAUCUUAUAGAAGUUUUAAAAACUCAGGUUGAUUGUUUGAAAAACAAUCGUAAGGCGUCGAACGACAACAAUGAAAACGAUGACAAUGAAGCUGGUGAUGCAGAUGUGGAAAAGCAAAAGUUAAAAGAAAAGAUCGAUGAACUUGAAAGAACUGUUGAAAAUCAGUCAAAAGAAAUGGAAAAAGCAAAGGCUAAAGAGACAAGCUUUGACAAUGAACGUAACGAUUUACUGCGUAAUGUUGAGCUUGUACAACAUGAGAAACAAACUGCAAUUCAAGAAAUGAUGAACAACGUAGAAAAUAUCAUGAAAGAGAACAAAAGUCAUGUUGAACAAAUUAAACAAUUGAAUGAUGAACUUAAAUCCACGACUGUUCUUUACGAAGACUUGAAAGUUGAAAAAAAAGAAAGUCUGUACGAAUUGAAUAAAGUUUUGGAGGAAAGUGAAUUAACUCGAAAAAAAGCGAUUGAUGAUUUACGUGUGGAGCAUGAACUACUUAUUGAUUCAAUGAUAAAGGAUCACACGAGUAUUGUAGACGAUUUAAAGCGAAGCAAAACAGAAGCUAUUGAUUUAGUUAAGAUACAACAUACAAAAAGAAUGAGUGAUGUUUUAACUGCUAAAGAUGAAGAACAUAAAAAAGAAAUGGAAGAAAGAAACAAUCAAUUAAAAAUACUUACAGAAAAAGAAGAAUUGAUGAAAAUUACUUAUUCUGAAAAGGUGAAAGAGGCUCAGUUGGCAGUCGAGGAGCAGGAACUGCAAAAACAUGCCAUUGUUAAAAGAAAAUUUGACGAAAUGUCCAUUCUAGAAACGCGAAUCCAAGAACUGGAAAAAGAGCUAUCAAUAAAAGAAUCUUUGAACCAGGAUCUCGAAAGUUGUAGGCAAGAUUUAGCAGAAUCUGAGAAUAGUCUUAAUACCAUGAGAGAUAAUCAGAAGCGUUUUGAGAGUAUUAUAUCUGAACUUGAAAAAGAGAAAGAAGUUAUGUCUACGAAAUGCCAUUCAUUGGAGAAUGAUUUAUUUUCAAUGAAAGCAGAAAUGGCAAAGAAUGAGAAAAACUUGACGGAGAAAGAAAAACAGAGGGUAGAUGAUGACCAAAAACGGACGAAAGAUUUUGAAGAAAAGUUAAAAGAGGUUGAAAGCAAUAAACAAAGUGAACUUGCGGUAAUUUUGAAAAAAAACGACACCAAAAUAUCUGAUAUGAAGAAAAUUGUGAAGGAACUGCGAACUAACUUAACGGAAAAAGAAAAGCAAUUGGAAAAGUUGCAGCAAGAACUCAAAGCUGUUGAGGCAAAGAAAGAAAAGGAACUAAAUGAAUAUAAGAAAGGUACAGAUAAGCAAGUCAAUAAAAUGAAGAAUAUGAUUAAAGAUCUAAAAGUUAAAUUAAGCGAAAAGGAAGAUGCUUUAAAUUCUUUGAAUACACAGAUUUCUGUUCUGAAUGAACAAAAAGUCGAAGAACAAAAACAACUGAUGUGCGAGCAGGAAAGUGUUUUGUCAGAAAAAAGUUUAAUGUGUGAGGAUUUGAUGGCAGAACUUAAAGAAAAAACAGAAUAUUGUGCUAAUUUAAAAGAAAAAAUUGAAAAGUCAAAGGAUGAAUGCGAACAGAAAUUAGAAGAACUGAAACAAAUACAUACUAACGAAAUUGAUUUGUCGAAAGCGGAUUUUCAGAAGAAAUUGAGCGAACUAAGACGGGAAUUGGAAGAGGAAAAGAACAAUGACCAAAUUCGUUUGUCGAAGGACGCGGAUCAAAAAAUAAAAGGCAUGAAGGAUAUAGUAAAUGAACUGCGACAAAAUCUAAGGGAAACUGAAUUGCGCGAAGAAAAUAUGAAAACGAGUCUUGAAAAUGAAAAGAAAUCGUUCAAUGAGUUGAAUAUAACUGUGAUUGAUUUGCAAAAACAACUGCAACAGUCUUUAUUGAAAGAAAAAGAUUAUGAAGAUAAAUUGUAUGUGAUGAAAUCUCAGAUAACAAACCUUUUAGCUGAACGUGAAGAAGCUUUUAAAGAAAAGGAAGAAGAAAAAAGAAAGUUAAUGGAAACAAUGGAAGAAAAAUUUAAUGAAAGAAUGAAAGAGAAAGAAGAAUUUUUGAACAAGACUAUUGAGCAACUGACUAAAGAAAACGAAUUGAAUGUUGGUGAUAUUGCUAAAAAUUAUGAUUCUAUGAGAGAGGAACAACUGAGAUCUUUAGAGGAAAGAUAUGAAGAAAAAAUAAUUGAAUUAAAUAAUCAGUAUGAAAGAUCUUUGGCAUUUACAAAGAAGGAAGCUAAUGAAUCUUACGAAAGACUUGCUUCAGAAGCUAAAGACCGUGAGGAACAACUUCUAAAGAAAAAUGAGGAUAUUCGAUGUGAUUUGGAAAAGGCUCUCAACAAUUUGAAAGACCAAAAUGAUGAGCUAACAAGUAAAGUCAGCGAGUUCAACAAAGAUUUGCAAUUGAAAGAUGAAAAAAUUGUUGAGUUUGAAACUAUGUUGAUGAAACAUGUUGAUGAAAAAAAUGUUAUGCAACAAAACAUGGAGCAAAAGUUGAUGGAACUUGUUGAAAGUCAUCGAAGGGAAAUGAACGAGGUUCAACGAGAAAGUGAACGACGACUUGAGGAAAUGUCUUCAGAGCACGACAAUGUUCUCGUCAUGCAAUCGAGUGAGAUGAGUAAAGCACAACAGGAUUUGUUAACACAACUCGAUAAUUUAAAAAAUGAUCACGCCAGACAAUUGCUAGAGGUUAAAGAAGGUUACGAUGCAAAACAUAGCGAAACUGUUAAAAAAUUGCAAAAUGAAAAUGUUCAGUUAAAUGAAAUGCUGCUAAAGGAAAGCAACGAGAGAACAAAAGAACGGGAUAAUCACUGUAAAAUGUACGAAACACUUGAGUUAAAACAUAAUGAUACUAGUAAAGAAUAUGAAAAGUGCUGCGAGUCUUUAAAUAAAUUAAAUGAUGAAGUGAAUUUGGUGAAACGUGAGCGAGAUGAGAAAGCUGAAGAACUUCAUAAGCUAAACGAAGUCCAUAAGCAUACUCUUGAUGAAUUAAUUGGGAAAAUUGAUGCAUUGAAAUAUACAAACUCUCAAUUAGAACAGCAAUUAAACGAUCGUAAUGAAUGUGUCAAUGAGAUUCAAAAACAGAAAGAACAGUUCGAAAAAGAAUUAAAAGCCGUUAGUCUGUCGGAAAGUAACCUAAAAAAAAGGAACUCCGAGUUAGAAGAUUUUUUAAACAAAAUGCAAAUUGAUUCUCAAAAUGAAAUGAAUGAUUUGAAGGAGAAUAUAACGUCUUUGAAUGUUAAAAUGAAUGAAAUGGUCGAAGAGCAACAACGAGAAGAAGAAAGUCACAAAAAGAUUGCAACAACUCUGAAAAAGAAAGUAAAAGCUUUAUCUGAAGAAAAUAAAAAGAAGGAUUUAAGAGUAAAUGAGUUGAAUGAUAGUUAUGAAAAGACUAUCUUAGAACUGAAGCAAGAAAAAGAGAAACUGCUCUUAGAGUUGGCCUCCAGUAAAAAUGAUUCUCGCACUGUAGAUGAACAGAUCAAAAAAAUUCUUUCUGAAAAACAAGAAAUUGAAACGCUAAUGAAUAAUACUGAGGAAAUGCAUCGUCAUAAGUUAGAAGAAACUGAAAAAAAACUUGAACGUGAUUUGUUGAGACAGCAAGAAGAAUUUGAAAAGAAAAUCUCGGAACUUGAAAAAGAAAAACAAGAUUCUUUAUCAAGUCUAAAGGAAAAUCUUGUCAAUGAACAUAAAAAGAAAUUAUUGGAAAUCAAAAAGAAUGGUGAGCUUAAACUUAAAGAAAAAAAUAAUGAACUUCUUACUGCAAGUGAGAAAAUAAAAGAUUUAGUUCAACAGUUAGAAACUGUUGAUGUCAGUCAUUCAGAAAAACUUCAACAAAUUUCUGCUGAACAUGAAGUCAUUCUGAAAACAAAGCUCGAAGAACAUGAGCUACAAAAAGGAGGCCUUAAAAACAGUACAAAACUAUUAAAUGAGAAGAUAACGCAGCUCGAAGCAAGUGAAAAAGUUUUGGUUGAAAGUGUUGAAAAUCUUCGUGUUGAAAAAAUGGACGCUUUGCGUAAACAGGCUCUUUCUUUGAAGGAAGAACAUGAUGUGGAAUUGAAAAAGCUAGAAGAUGAACACAAGAAAACUACGGAAAAAUUAGAAAAGCGUCUUUUUGCUAAGGUAGAAGAAAAAGAUUUUGAAAACAAUGCAAAACUAAAACAAGUUAUCAAAGAGUUUCAAGUGAAAUUAGCGGGAAAAGAUCAAGAAAUACAAGAUACUUUAGCUCAAACGAUCGAAAGUCGACAGAAAGAAGAACAACAAUUUGUUGUUAAAUUUGAAGAAGAAAUUCUCGAGUUAAAGAAAGAAUUAAAAUAUCGAGAAGAUGAAAUGCUUCAGCUUCGAAAGGAAAGUGAUGAAAAAUUGAAAGAAAACGAAAAAAAGAUAUUUGAUUUAGUUCAUGAUCAUGAAACAUCAUUAAGAUGUAUUGAAGAGGAAUAUAAUGCUAAAAUAGCAGAAUUAACUUCUACACAUGAAGAAGAAUUGAAGAAAUUUACUACAGGUGAUCAACUUAUUGAAAUUGAAAAAAAGUAUGAAGAAGAAUUAGCAGAGGCACAGAAAGAUCAUUCAUCGGAAUUACUUGCUCUCGAAAAGAAACUAAAAAAUCAAAUGAAAAAGAAUCAAUCUGAUAUGAAGAAAUUGUUGAACGCUAAAGAAGCUGAGUUAGAAAAGAGAAAAAGUCCUUUGGCCAAUGGAGAAAAGGAAGGAAAUGAUCAACAAGAAGUAAAUGCAUUAAAGGAAACAAUUGAACGUUUAAACAGAGAAAUGGAUUUGUUGCGUGAGAGAGAACAGUUAAUGAAGAGUGAUUUAGAGAAACGUAACGGAAUGAACAGCAAUGAAAUAAAAACACUGGAACGUCCUGCGCAGCUUAAUGUCACAUCAAAUCCAUUUUCACCCUCUGUUUCAUUGCAUAGUCCUUCAUCAAAUCCUGGGGAGACUGAGUACGAGUAUUUAAGGAAUAUAUUGUUCCAGUACAUGAUGGGGAAGCAGACGAAACAACUUUCGAAAGUUCUCGCAACAAUUGUUCGUUUUACACCGUCACAAUAUCAACAAAUUAUUCAAAAAGAACAAGAAAAAGAAAUAUCACAAGGUGGAUUUUUUUCUCCUUUAAGAGGAUAAUUCUUGCACCAAAGCAUAUCCGAAAGGAAAAAAGAUAAACUUGUUAUGCAAUUCGAAUUAAUAUGAUUGAAAAAGGAAAUAUCUUGAAAAUACAGAUUGUGGUUUUGAUAUAGUGAAUAAAUUAGGAGGUAUUUUUGACAUAUUUUUAAUGCAAGUUGCUUCAAAUUUCAACUCGUCUGACUAUGUAGCGUUUUAUAAGAGAUAUUUUAUGUAAUCUAACUAUAUUGGGUUUUUUUCUUCAGCCAUGUACAUCUGUGUUUGUAAAAUCAUCUUUGCUCCCUUCCCCAUCUUUAUUCAUUGAUUUGAAUAAGAAUUGAAUUCUUAUUUAGUUAGCUAUGCAUACAAGUCUAUGUGAAACUCAUAGUAAACAUGUACGACAUUUUUCGAUGACUUUUGUCAUCAUUAUAACAUAAUUUACAUCUGAAUUUUUGCAAGUUCGGCAGCAAUAAAAUGAUUUUAUUUACGAUGAAGUCUAUGGAUGUUCGCCUCAUGAUAUAUGAAUGAAAAAUAAAAUGGAAGUUAAUGAAGAAAUGAAAUAAAUUUAAAAUGAAA